UCCAGUAACGGCGCGCUGCUCUGUUAAGGUGGAUCGUAGUAACCUGUGCCGUGUGGUGACGCGUCAAACAAUCAACAUACGUUAUAAUAUAGUAUUUUUUCGGAAAAAAGUUUGUGACAAGUGAGCAUCGCAAUGUUUUGAUUUGUUUAUUGUUUGUUAACAAUGGAUUCCAACGCACUCUUCGUCGUUUUUUUGAUUGGAGUCGUCUUUGCGCAAGGUGCCCAAGUUGAGGUAGAGCCCCGGGAAGUCCUAGUCCUUCCUGGAAGUAAUGUCACUGUUAUGUGUCGAGUGGGCGUACCCCUCCAGUACUGUCGUGUGGAAAUCCCCGGGAUGCAACCCUUGAAUCUUAAUUCAAAAUUAUCAAAUAAUGACGUGGCCUACUAUGGGGCAGGCCUGCCUGCUGGACAAUGUGGUUUUCGGAUAAAUCAAGUGACUGAGAGAAACAACGGAAUGAUUAAAUGUACCUUGGGUAUAGAAACGGAACCCAUGGAGUCCAUUGGAAUGGUACAACUCAUCGUAGCGAAAGCCCCAAGACUACCAGAAUUGGAUUUGAGUCGAGGCACUGACUCUGUCAACAUCUACAAGAUUAAUGAUGUCCUCCAAGCCUCGUGUAUAGUCAAAGAUGGCCGACCUGUAGCCAACAUUUCAUGGUAUCUUGAUAAUGAACCACUCUACAGCAACGAUCUUAGUAUGCCAACUGUGAUCGAUUUAGCCAAAGAGAAUCUCCAAUCAAAAGUCCAGAAUUUGACACGUGUCCUACAGGCGUCCGACAAUGGCAAACAUCUACGAUGUGUGGCUUUUCAUCCCGCCUACCCGGAUGGGAGAGCCGAAACGGCACGCCAACUCGAUGUUAAAUUCGCACCGUUGCCACAAGGGGAGAUUGACAAGUUUGGGUAUAUCAUAGGGGAGGCUGGGCUAAUCACGGUGGUGGUCGAGGCCAACCCCAAGCCCAUCAUCGAGUGGGACAUCGGCGGGGAGAGGAUCAGGGAGAGGGAGAAUGACCACACGGGGCGAUUGGAGGCAGAACCCAUCAAGGAUAUGGGAAAUGGACGCUACGAUGUCAGUUUGAGGAUCGCAGCUAUAAAUAAACAUGACACUGAAAAAACGUACUAUUUGAGGACUUACAACGACAUGGGAAGUACCGAUUACACCAUCAAAAUUUCGACAAGUCCAGAACCGGAAGGUCUCGAGCUCGGUAUUGGGGGCAUAAUCGGCAUUAUUGUUGCCAUCCUGGUGAUCCUCCUCGUGGUUUUCCUCCUCGUCUUCGCCAAAGUGACUGGUCGGUGGUGUUUCAGCGAUGGCGCCACGGUGAUCGACUACACAACCGGUGACAGCAGCCAUCACGUGACUGUGGAUGGAGUGAGUGGGGAUGGAGUUGAUAAUCCGCACCACCAGGUGUCGCAAGAGUACAUCAAUGGGAAUGAUGUGAAGAAAGAUGAGAAAAAGAUUGAUACUGCGGUGUAAUUUAGGGACUUUUAUGCGAAUUUUGUGUUGGUACGACUGCUGUAGAUUAGGUUUUCCCCCCUGAUUCUCAAUGUGUAAAUAUUGUCGUGAUUUUUGUGACAAUGGGGCGCACUCUAUGACCCUAAUAAUACUCAAUUGUUUCAAUUUUUACUGCCAUAUUGCAAUCAAAAUGAGGGGUGAGGUUGGCAACGCUGCGCUGAAACAUUCCAUAUAUUUUUAUAAUUUUAGUGUAUAUUUUAUUGUAAUAUAAGACAAUAAUUAGUUUAUUUUUUUACCUAAUUUAAUUCUCAUCAUGUCUCUAUUUAUUCUCCCAUUCUCGGAUUAUUUAUAUACAUUCUUAGGAAUUUUUUCAAGUGUUACGAACGCUGUUUAAAAUAAUUAUAUAUUUAAGAGAUAAAACUGAUAUUAAUGUAAAAAUUUUGUAUGUUAUAUGUACUUAAAUAUUUAGAAAUAAGUUGACCGAUAAUUAUAAAAUUGUUU